CGGCUCUGCUGAUAGCCACAAAUUCCUGAAUCUACAUAAGGGCUCACUACCGGUUGAGUAGAGUCAGUUCAUGACUCUAUCAUUCAGAUUGAGGACAAAUGGGUUCAACGCUUUUGAUCACCGGCCAGGAAGUCCGUCAAGCCGCGCGGGCAAAUACGCACACCGGCCCAACAGCCGGUCUCGCCCCAGGCUACAUCCAAGCAAACCUCAUCGUCCUCCCUUCCAAGUACGCCGCCGACUUCCGGUCGCUCUGUCAGCGCAACCCAGUUCCCUGUCCGCUUCUCGCAGAAUCCACCAAGCCUGGUUCGUGGGAUGCGAUGAAAUCCUGUAUCCCCAACAUCACAUCGACCGCACUCAUUCAUCCCGGCAAUGACCUCGACCUCCGCCGCGACAUCCCGCGCUACCUUGUCUACCGCGAUGGGGAAAUUGAUGGAAGCGCACGACACACAGACCUCCUCGCAACCUGGCGCGAUGACGACCACGUCGCCUUUCUAAUCGGCUGCUCCUUCUCUUUCGAGGCCGCCCUUUGCGACGCAGGUCUAGCACCGGGCCAUAUCGUCGGCGGCCGCAACGUCCCCAUGUACCGGACAACAAUCCCUCUUAACCCCGCCGGCGUGUUCACUGGUGGAACGUAUGUCGUCUCGAUGCGUCUAUACAAAAAGCACGAUGUCGAGCGUGUCCGCGCCAUCACCGCUCCGUACGCGUUUACGCACGGGGAGCCGGUUGCGUGGGGAUGGGAGUCCGUCGAAGAGCUUGGCCUUGCGGAUAUAAUGAAGCCCGAGUGGGGUGAUCGGCCCCUUUGGCCAGAUGGGAAGGAACUCGGACCGCAGGACGGCGGGGCGGGGAGAUCUACGGACGUGGUUCCUGUCUUCUGGGGGUGUGGCGUAACUCCGCAGGAGGCUGUUGUGAGGGCUAGGCUUCAGGGAACAGUCAUGGCGCAUGCGCCGGGACAUAUGCUCGUCCUCGAUUGCUUGGAUGAGGUGCUGAAGGUGGAGUAGGAUAUGCGAGGCCUCAUAAACUUGCUUAGCUGCGUUGCGUUAUUGGCUAUAGUUGGCUGGAGGACCCAGCCACGGAGUGCGUUUACGGAAUUUACCAGGGUGAGCACGGAGUCAGGCCUGACGCUUGGG